GAGGAGUAGGCUACUUGAGUAUUUUUUGCUAUUUAUAUUGCGCAACAUCGACGUUUACCACAGCUCAGUCGGAUUUUGAGAGCCGUGGGCGUUUGGAAAACGGGAUAUUUGAAAAUCGUUUCCCCACAUCAAUAGAUUAAACGUCCCCAAAGGUUUCAGAUCCAUAUCUGACACCGCAUCUCAUAAAUAUUGGAUGGCUCCUGUAAUAUUAAAAAUUGAUGUUUUCAAUUUAAGUUUUCAAAGCGGAGUCGGAGUGUCCUCGCCGAGGGAGGGCGCGAGGAGGUCCAGUCAGACUCUACCUGCCCGCCGAUCAAACGCGCGCUCUCUCCUCAGGUGCGCGAGGGGGUCAGACUCAAACGGACCGAUGAUGUUCGCUCUGCCCAAAUUGUAAGGAAAGCCGCAUUUCUGCGCCGGUUUGCUGGGUUGUAUUGCACGUGUGACGCCCGAGACGAGUGAGACCCAGAUUUUGGAGUCAUUUGAAGACUUAUCUCAAACUCCCGAGGAGCUGCAAUGGCAUCGAUCGGGGAGUUUGAUCCGUUAAACAGCAGCGUACCUGCCACCAAAAUAGAGAUCACCGUCUCGUGCAGGAAUUUGCUGGAUGUCGAUACAUUCUCAAGGUCAGCGCCAGUGGUUGUGUUGUACGUUCAGGGAAUCGGUACUAAGGAGUGGAGAGAGUUUGGUCGAACAGAAGUGAUUGACAACACUCUCAACCCGGACUUUGUGAGGAAGUUUGUCUUGGAUUACUUCUUUGAAGAAAAGCAGAACCUUCGGUUUGACGUCUACAAUGUGGACUCCAGAAGCUCAAACAUCUCAAAGCAUAAGUCCUUCCUCGGCCAGACUUUCUGCACUCUAGGAGAGAUUAUUGGGUCCUCUGGGUCAAGACUGGAGCGGGUGCUUUCGGGCAUUCCGGGGAAGAAAUGCGGGAACAUUAUCUUCACAGCUGAGGAACUCAGCAAUUGUCGGGACAUUGCAACCAUGCAGCUCUGUGCUAACAAGUUGGAUAAGAAGGAUUUCUUUGGGAAGUCUGAUCCCUUCUUGGUGUUUUACCGCAGCAAUGAAGACGGCACGUUCACUAUCUGUCACAAAACAGAAGUGAUAAAGAAUACUUUGAACCCCGUGUGGCAGCCCUUCACCAUCCCGGUGCGAGCUCUCUGUAACGGAGACUAUGACAGAACAGUGAAGGUUGAUGUUUAUGACUGGGACAGAGAUGGAAGUCAUGACUUCAUUGGAGAGUUUACGACGAGCUACCGAGAGCUGUCUCGCGGACAGAGCCAAUUUAAUGUUUAUGAGGUUCUGAAUCCUAAGAAGAAAGGGAGGAAAAAGAAAUACGUCAACUCUGGCACGGUAACACUUUUGUCCUUCAAAGUGGAAUCGGAGUACACAUUUGUGGACUUCAUUCGAGGCGGAACACAGCUCAACUUCACUGUAGCCAUAGACUUCACCGCCUCUAAUGGAAACCCAUCUCAGCCAACAUCGCUCCACUACAUGAACCCGUAUCAGCUGAAUGCGUACGCCAUGGCCCUUAAAGCCGUAGGGGAAAUCGUCCAGGAUUAUGACAGUGACAAACUCUUCCCUGCCUACGGCUUUGGAGCUAAACUCCCUCCUGAUGGCAAGAUCUCUCAUGCUUUUCCCCUGAACUCGGACUGUGAGAAUGCUAACUGCGUCGGCAUCGAAGGCGUGCUGGAGGCGUACUAUGACUGUCUCCGGAAAGUGCAGCUCUACGGCCCCACCAACUUUGCCCCUGUCAUCAACCAGGUGGCACAGUGUGCAUCAGAGGUGACAGAUGGCUCUCAGUACUUCGUGCUGCUGAUCAUCACAGACGGUGUCAUUUCAGACAUGGUACAGACUAGAGAAGCCGUGGUCACCGCGGCGUCUCUGCCCAUGUCAAUCAUAAUUGUGGGAGUCGGCCCGGCUGAGUUUGAUGCGAUGGAAGAGUUGGAUGGAGAUGAGGUCAGGGUGUCCUCCAGGGGACGUGUUGCUGAGAGAGACAUUGUCCAGUUUGUGCCGUUCCGGGACUACAUCGACCGAUCCGGGAACCAGGUGCUCAGCAUGGCCCGACUGGCCAAAGAUGUACUGGCCGAAAUACCCGACCAGCUGCUGUCGUUCAUGAAGAGCAGAGGCAUUGAACCAAGACCAGCCCUCUCCCCUUCUCCCACACCACAGAUAAACGUCCACCUCUGAUCCCAGAGCAGUGUUUUAUCCUUCUAAAAACGUCUAAAAACCCCGGGUCCGUCACUGGGGACGCACAUUUUUACUUUCCACAUCGGUUAGCAGUAGCACAUAAUGUAGUUACAAUAAUAAUCAACUGAAAUCAGGAAUAUGUUAAUGUAAGUGUGUGGUGUAAUACUUUAUAAUCAGCCAGCGAUCAAUCAAAAAACACAAUAGUUUGUGCUUGCUUUGGAAUAGAAGAUGUGGAAGUAAAAAGAAGGUGAAAUUACUGAAAAGAAAUGUCUGGGUCAUAUUUUCUCAGAACAUUUUCAAAAUUUUACAUAAAAUGUGAUAAAUUACAUAAAAAAAAUAAAUGAAUCCUAAAUACAGUAAGUGCAAAUGUAUUGCUUUUAGACAUUAUUCUCAAAUUCUAAAAUCUUUCAUUACCCCAAAAAUACUUAUUUACUUGAACUAUAUUUAUAAAUGCAAUUAUAAGUAGACUAAGUGAAAUGUACUAAAUUGUCAUGAAAAUAAUAUCACAACAAACUAAAAUUAAUUAUGGUACACUUUGGUGUUUGAUAUUGUUAAAUGGUACAAAACAAUUUUCUCGCAUAGAAUUAUUUAAUUUUUAUAGUUAGUGAAUAUUAUUAGGAUUAUUAAUAUUAGAUCAAAUAAUUAUUUAUAUUAAGUAAUUUUUAUAGACUUAAAAAGCCUUUAAGUUUAAA